AUGUCGUCGUCGCGGAAAGAGGAACUUCUCGCCAAAAAGGCGCGACUAGCGGAACUGAAACGACAACGAGAACUCCGUCAAGAGCAGUAUGCUUCUACCAGGCGAAGCAUUGGAGAGGUUCCGUCACCCAGCAAAACAGCAGAGGAGCGGAGAUCUGAAAUCGACAGCCUCGUUUCCAGUUUGAUCGAUUCGCGCAAGGAGUCGACCGCUACACCCAGUCGCAGAGAAAGCCGGCCCAGUUCUGUGCAUGGCACGGGCACUGGACAGACCACGCCUCAAAAUGACGUCGAACCGGCAUCAAGAAGACCGAUGCAGUCUACCUCGACGCAGACCGAGCCUACAGACGCCACGUUCCCCAUCUACGAAGACGCGGCCGUGGGUGAACGUGCCCCGCCGAAAAAGGAGUAUAUCACGUAUUCCAAGGGCGUUCAGACCGAGCCUUACACGGAAGAUACCGUCCAGGCACGAGAAGACUCCGACGAGGAUGAGCUGUCGCAGCGCUCGCGGAAGCGUCUGAGCAAGCGCGAUCAAGAGAAGGACGAGGAGAUCCGACAGGCCCUGCGUCGUGAGAUAGAGGAAGAAAUAAAGGCGACAUUUAAUCAGGGAUCCACGAGCCAGAGCACAUCACAACAGCGGUUCCCCUUGCGGAACCUUACAAACAACGAACUCAAUGCGGUUGUCUCGUCCCCGGAUUUCGUCGCAUUUGUGGAGCGUUCUUCGAAAGUCAUUGAGCGUGCAUUGGACAUGGAUGAUGAGUAUGACCUGCUGGCAGAUUAUACCCGAACUUCGACGUUGGAUGAUGAUGAUGAAGAUGACACCAAUAAUCCCUAUUCACGAACCGGCAAGAAGGCCCAUUCAUUACGCGAGUCUCUGCAGUUGUUUUCAGACCGAUAUACACGUCGUCGGAUAGUCUCGGACAUUCAGUUCUCACCGCACUUCAACGAGCUGCUCCUCUCCUCUUACACCAAAAAUCCGUCCGCGCCCCAUGAACCAGCUGGCCUGGUACUUCUCUGGAACACGCACGCGCCCUCUCGGCCAGAAUAUACCUUUACAGCCUCCUCGGAUGUUCUCUCGGCACGGUUCUCACCAUUCCACCCGAAUCUGGUGAUUGGUGGUUGCUACUCCGGCCAAGUCUGUCUCUGGGACACGAGAGUGUCCGGCCGGACGGGUCAGCCAGUCCAGAAGACGCCUCAAUCGGGAUCACACCUUGGUCACACCCAUCCUGUCUACAGCAUCAACGUCGUCGGCACGCCCAACGCCCACAACAUCUUGACCGCGUCGAUGGACGGCGUGGUUUGUUCUUGGUCGGUCGAUAUGCUGACACAAGCGCAAGAAUACCUCAUUCUGCAUACUCCUCCGCCCGCAAAGACGGACGACCUCGCACCCACCAGCAUGAGCUUUCCAGCUGCCGACCCGACCUUUUUCGUCGUGGGGACAGAGGAAGGUAGCAUCUACGCCUGCCAUCGGUACGACCGGGCAGGGGCCCAAGCAGGAGUGGACAACCGUAUUGCAUAUCGAGGUCACACGGCUCCAGUCAUGAGCACUCAAUUCCAUCCCGCCAGAGGUCCGGUAGACAUGGGUGAUCUUCUCCUGAGUUCCAGCUCCGAUUGGUCCGUGAAGCUGUGGCGCAUCAAGCCGUCCGCCGCGGCUGGUACGGUUGCUGCGAUCACUUCUGCGGCGACCACUCCGGGACCUUCUGUUGAAGGGCCAAUCCUCAAUCUCGGACGGGAAGAUUUGGUGUAUGAUGCAAAAUGGGCGCCUCACAAGCCUUCUGUUUUCGGUUAUGUCACGGGUGCCGGAGAUCUGGAAGUGUUUGACCUCACCUAUGAUCUCGAAGUGCCUAUCGUGAAGGCUAGUCCGACAAGAGGCAAAAAUGGAACAGUCCCGUUCAAGGGGCUCAACAAACUGGCUUGGGAAGAGAGACGGGGCAGUCACAUCGCGGUUGGUGGGCUGGAUGGGGUUGUCACCGUCUUUGAUGUCGGAAAGGGACUGCAAUGCGGAAAUGGUGAAUGGAGUUCGGAUGACUGGUUGAACAUGAAGAGAUUGGUCAGUAAGCUCGGAGGUGGCAAGUCGUAG